AUGGAGUCACCACCCAGUAAUCACCACGCCGUCGAUGGCGAUGCCAACGACGUUGGACCCUUUUCCCACCGCAACGACGAAGACGACAAACCCCAACCUCUCACCGGCGACGGCGCCAGUCCCGGAAAGAUUUUUAUUGGCGGUUUAGCGAGAGAAACCACGAUUGCACAAUUUAUCAAACACUUUGGUAAAUACGGUGAGAUAACGGAUUCCGUUAUCAUGAAGGACCGGAAGACCGGCCAGCCUCGCGGCUUCGGCUUCAUAACUUACGCGGAUCCCUCUGUGGUUGACACAGUUAUUGAGGACACUCACAUUAUCAACGGCAAACAGGUCGAGAUUAAGCGGACAAUACCGAGGGGGGCCGUUGGCUCGAACUCGAAGGACUUCCGAACCAAGAAGAUUUUUGUUGGUGGAAUUCCUUCUACUGUGACCGAAGAUGAAUUUAGGGACUUCUUUACACGCUAUGGAGAAGUGAAAGAUAACCAAAUAAUGCGGGACCACUCUACUAAUCGUUCGCGUGGCUUUGGGUUUAUCACCUAUGACUCUGAAGAAGCUGUUGAUGAUCUCUUAGCUGUGGGGAACAAAAUUGAGUUUGCUGGAGCUCAGGUAGAAAUAAAAAAGGCAGAACCAAAGAAGCCAAAUCCACCAGCUCCAUCUUCCAAGCGCUAUAAUGACUCCCGGUCUUCAUAUGGUGGUGGAUAUGGAGAUGCUUAUGAUGGAUUUGGUGGUAAUUUUGGUAUGGGUGGCUAUAGGUCAGGUGGUGCCUAUGGUGGUAGGGGAAGUGCUUAUGGUGGCUUUGGAAGUGAAUUUGGUGGGUAUGGAAGAUAUGCCGGUGCCAUGGGGCCUUAUAGAGCUGAUCCUUCACUUGGAUAUGCUGGUCGAUAUGGUGGAGGCUUUGGCAGAGGCUAUGAUCUUGGUGGGUAUGGUGGAGCUAGUGAGGGUUAUGGGGCAUAUGGUGGUGGUGGUUCCUCUGGUAAUGCUUAUGGAAGCAGCUAUGAUGCCAGCCUAGGGGCUGGAUAUGGGGGGGCUGGUGGAGGCUCCUUUUAUGGCACUAGAGGGGGAUAUGGUGGUGCAGGAACUGGUCGAUAUCAUCCGUAUGGAAGAUAG